AUGCUGGUGCUGCUGCCGCCGCUGCUGCUCGGGCCCGCGCCGGCGGCCGGCCACGGCGGCAAGUACUCGCGGGAGAAGAACGAGCCCGCGCCGCCGCCGAAGCGCGAGUCGGAGGAGUUCCGGAUGGAGAAGCUGAACCAGCUGUGGGAGAAGGCCCGGCGGGUGAGCGGACCGGGUCUCGGGGAGCCGGGUCUCCACGCCGACCUGAAGAUGCAGGAGCGGGACGAGCUCGGCUGGAAGAAACUGAAGGUCGAAGGGCUGGACGAGGACGGAGAGAAGGAGGCCAGGCUCAUCCGCAAUCUCAACGGUAGCUUUGUGUUUAACGUCACGGGAGGCGGCACAGGCCGCUCGUUCGCAGUCGAAAUCCACAAAAACGUCAUCAGCCCCUCGGACAUGAGCCACAUCAAGGAGGAGGUCCUGCAGAGCCGGCACGCAGAGCUGAAGGACCGGCUUCGCGCCAUCAACCAGGGCUUCGACCGCCUGCGGAAAGUCAGCCACCAGGGCUACGACGCCGAGAGCGAGUUUGAGGAGCCCCGAGUGAUCGAGCUGUGGGAUUUGGCCAAGUCUGCGAACUUCACCAAGAAGGAGCUGGAAGCGUUCCGGGAGGAGCUGCGGCACUUCGAGGCCAAGGUCGAGAAGCACCAGCACUACCAGAAGCAGCUGGAGCUCUCCCACCAGAAGCUGCGGCACGUGGAGGGCGGCGGGGACCGGGAGCUGCUGACCCGCAGCCGCGAGAAGUACGCGCUGCUGGAGGAGAAGGCCAAGGAGCUGGGCUACAAGGUGAAGAAGCACCUCCAGGACUUGGCCGGCAGGGUCUCGAGGAGUCGGCACAACGAGCUGUGA